AUGCCUCGCACACGAACGAAGUACAUCUGGCCCCCGCCGAGUUUGGCCACAGACGCAACUCCCGAACCCCGAGCCAAAAAGCCAAGGAUAGAACCCCCUUCGCCUGUCAAGGAUGGCAAUGCCAUGAACAAAAAGCAGGAUGCGCCGGACGCUGAGGAUCUCCCGCCGUUUAUUCAAGCUAUCUUGAGUGUCCCCAUGGAUGUACAGAUACGAACAUACCGUGACUGGCGACACCUCGGCUCGCCCCACGAAGACUUUUGUAUGAUUUGCGAGCAAACUCGAUCGCAGCCUCUGAUUCCUUGUACCACAUGCAACAAAUCUUUCCACGAAGACUGUUUACCGCCAGGGUCGAUAUGUGACGAGCAGCGACAAUACUUCUGCAGAGUCUGUGUUCUACGCAACUGGCACGCGCAACCACCGACUAUCACCCCGCCAGACUCGCCUGUUCUUCCUCCCGCCACCGCCGUUGACCGAUCAUCAGCGCAAGGAAAUGAAGAGUCGCGGAAUAAUACGAGGGCGGCAGAUCAGAAGCCCACCGGGAACCAAGCUCUGUCUAUUCUGGCUGAAAUAUCACGAUCGAUGUCUCACGGGGAAUCUUCAAAUGCUCAUGGUGUUUCAAACUCCCAUCGCCCUUCAAAUAUUUCUGCUUAUUUUUGCAACCCUCCCUUGUCAACUCCGGGGCUUCCGCGACAGCAGGGAUCAAGUCUAAUGUCGCCACACCUCAAUGAAUACUGUACUUCAUCUUGUUCAUCUUCUUCCAAUGCACAUGGAACUCCUGUUAUGGACUCGCACGCUCGCAAGUCGAAAUUCGCAACUCUGUCUACAGAAGUCGAUUCCGCUUUAUGGGUGCUCUACCGCGAAUUGGAAAGCGUGACAUCACUGCGACAACGGAUUGGGGAACUUGAAGCGGAGGUUGUCAAACUACGCCAGGAUGUGAGCAUUAGAGACAACCAAAUCAUUCUUUCACGGAGAUCUUUGUCGUCGUCCGCAAACCUUCCGGGGGGGAUCUCGCAGGCCGAGGUUGAUCGAUUGCGAGUUCAGGCCGUCAGGGGCGAGGAGGCUCUGCGGGAGAUUGAGUCAAUACGCGCCAAGAACAUUACCCUUGAGAAAGACUUGAAGGAAGCUAAGGAUGAAUGUGCCGCCAAAGAUAAGACACUGAUCGAGUGGAAAGGUCGGUUAGUGAGCCUGAUUGGCACAUGA